UGUCAGCUGUUUUCGUUCACGUCCGCCUGCGUUUACAAUCAGAAACACACAACCAGAUUUGGAAACGACGAGCUGCAUAAACCCCAGAGUCUUUAUCAAGAGGGGAGAGCUGUGAACAGGCAUUUGUAGAAGAUCAAAUUCUUGCUCUGACGGAAAAAGUCAAUGAAGGCAAGUACAUUUUCUUGACAGUUUUUAUUGGUUGUAGAGAUGCAACAUCCCAGUUUUGAAACCCCACACCCCUUGCAAGCAGAUGAUCAGGAAACAGGCAUUGAUCCUCUAGAAGAUGGGGGAUCAGUCAAGAACAGAGGAACAAUUACCCCUUGCGAGUCUGAAGGUAUAUUCAUCUCUUACAGGAACGAAUGGGAAGAAUUAUUUUUAAACUGUAAUUACCUGGCUAGAAUCCGACAGAAGGGGAUUAAUGGGCAGCUGAGGAACAGCAGGUACCGCAGUGUUUGCUGGAAGCUUUAUCUCGAUGCUCUUCCUGAAGACAAAAGCCAAUGGAUGAAUAAGACAGUGGAGUUGAGAGCCCUGUAUGAUAAGAUAAAACAAACUCAUAUAAUUAACCCUCGUAAGGCUGCUGGAAAGCAUGACUUGGUUGUAAACAAUCCACUAUCUCAGGAUGAGGGGAGCCUUUGGAACAAAUUCUUCCAAGAUAAAGAACUGCGGGGGAUGGUUCACCAAGACGUCAUGAGAACGUUUCCUGAAAUGCAGUAUUUCCAGCAAGAAAGUGUUCGAGACAUGCUUACAGACAUUCUGUUCUGUUAUGCUCGUGAAAAUGAACAGUUACUUUAUAAGCAGGGCAUGCAUGAACUGCUAGCUCCCAUUGUCUUCAUCCUGCACUGUGACCACCAAGCUUUUAAACAUGCCAGUGAAACUGGAAACCCAAGUGAGGAAAUGAAAGCCCUAUUAAACCCUGAUUUUCAUGAACAUGAUGCCUAUGCAAUGUUCUCACAGAUCAUGGAAACUGCUGAACCGUGGUUUUCAAAUUUUGAGCGUGACAUUCGAAGGGGAAAGGAAGAGAUGGUAACAAGCAUACCCUUUGCCAGGCCACAAGACACAGGGCCCUCUGUUGCAAUUGUAACAAAAGUUAAUCGGAUUCAGGACCAGCUGCUGAAGAAACAUGACAUUGAACUCUACAUGCACCUAAACAGGCUAGAAAUAGCUCCACAGAUUUAUGGAAUCCGCUGGGUCAGGCUGCUGUUCGGACGAGAGUUUCCUCUUCAGGACCUCUUGGUUGUCUGGGAUGCUUUGUUCGCAGACAGCAUCACCUUGGAUUUAGUCGACUACAUUUUUGUAGCCAUGCUGCUAUACAUCAGAGAUGCUUUGAUUGCUAGUAACUACCAGACCUGCCUAGGACUGCUCAUGCACUAUCCACCUAUUGGGGAUAUACACGCCCUCCUCCACAAAGCCCUCUUCCUUCGGGACCCAAAGAACAACCUUCGACCAGUGAACUACCAGUUUCAACAGAAUUUAGACUAUUACAAAACCUGUGGAGCAGACCUGUUGAAUAAAACUCGUGCCAGUGCCAAGGCUGCUCCACUCAACAUUAACAAGGUAUCGAGCAGUCUGCUGAAUUUUGGCCGGAAGCUGAUCGCCCCUGCUAUUUCAGUCAAUCCAAGUAGUGCAGUCCCUAUCAACAGUGAUGUCAGAGCUGCUCCCUUGGCAGUAACAAGGUCCCUGAAUGAAACCUCCCAAGUACAGCAGCAGCAGCAUCCGCAUCUGACACAGCACAGGCUGUUGAAAUCCGAGAGCAUGCCUGUGCAGCUUAGCAAAGAUGUAGUUACAGGUGGCGAUGCUCAGGUCUCUAUUCCUGUCCAGACUGUAACUGACAUCCAAGGCCAAGGUUCCAGGAAUGUCAGCUCAUCCCCCAGUGCGGAGAGUUUACCAGUCGGGAGGGAACAUUCAGCAUCCCCACCUUUAUCUGUGACAAAGAAAGACACCUUAUUCAACAUCUCUCGCUCCCGCUCUCACAGUAAAACCAUGGGCAAAAAAGAUUCUGAGGAGGACCUAGAGGGCCAGAUCUCAUUUCUUCAAGGGCAGCUCAAUGACCUGGAAGCCAUGUCAAAGUACUGUGCUAAGAUGAUGAAUGUCCACAUCGGUAAAAUACAGGAUGUGAUUUUGCAGGAACAUUUGGAAAAGGAGGAUGAAGUUCUGGUCUCGCUAGCUGGACUUAAACAGAUAAAAGACAUUUUAAAAGGAUCCCUGCAUUUUAACCAGAGCCUGCUGGAAGCUGAGGAGAAUGAGGAGAUCACAAUCGCCGAUGAUCACUACUGCUCCAGCCAUCACAGUGGAGCAGGCAGACUUGGACUGAAGCACAUGGACAAGGAAGCCUUUCUCACUCUCAGACCAAGACAGGCCAAUUCUGAGACAUCCCUGAACUCUGAGGGCAGAAAUUCAGACGAUUACAUUCUGGUAUCGCAAGAGGACGAUGUGGAACAGGAGCAGCGUGAGAAGCCAGACUGUGCUGUCUGUAAUCUGGAGGAUCUACAUUUCCCUAAGGGGCACAAGGUGGCCCUGAAACGUGAAAAAGAGGCCCUUCGUACUGCUGUUUGCUCUGACCCGCUAAUGGGAGCCGCCUCGGGCUCUUCCAGCACGUAUGGUUCCAGCCCUGAGGAUGACAGCAGUAAUAGCAAGGACUCUGACUUCACUAUAGUCAACCCAACAGACCUCUGAGCCUCUGCAAUUUAAAACAAACAGGCAUGUUUGCACAUACAUUAAUGCUCUGAAUCAUGUUGUUACCCUUCUCUGUUUAUUUCUCUUCUUAGCAUUACUAUUGUCCAUCUGUCCAUAUCAAACUGCUGUCCUUCAUUGUCCGGGAGGAUAACAAACAAUACAUAUAAAUCAGAAAUGUCAUCCGCAAGAGGUUAUCCCUAAUUGAUUUUAUUUGCUUUCAUGCAAGUUGUUAGCUAUUAAAAUCGAUCUUGCCUGAAUUGGUCUGCUACUUCAAAUUAUGCUGUGAGAGCUGGGUUUUUUUAAUGAAAGUAAAUAUUUAAAAAUCCACCCAAUAACACUUAAGUGUGUAUUGGUCUCUUACCUCCCUGGACACAUUGACCAAAUGGCCUUUCUUCACCGUGACCAAAUCCUAGGGCACUCCAAUUUAGGACCUGAUUACUACCAAGAUUGUAAAUAGCAGACAUGUAAUCGUUGAUCCACAGGCUGCCUUCAUAAACAUGUUCUUUGCGCCCACUCCACUGUGCUGUGAACUCUCAGUCCAGGGGUUUUGUGUUGUAGGCUAGAUAUAGCUCAUAGUUGUCUCAUGGCCAGUUGACACCUGUUUGCCUGAUCUUGACCCAUAACUUAGUAAAACUACUAACUUAGAACUAUAGUAAUUCAGUUAUUUUAUUAUUCAUUUUUUGUAGAUGCUUGAUUUCAGUCUAUAAAAAUAUAAAAAAAUAAGAGAUAUCUUAUUAGGUGGUAUCUGGAACACUAGGUGGUCAACCUGUUGAGUAACAAAAAGCUUACUAUUAGGAUUGGCUCAUGCAUAGUGUAGCUUGUUCUCUGCAUUUGAGUGGGUUACAGUGAUAAUAAAUAAAUGUAUGUUUGACUAAGAAAAAAAUAAGCUUUUAUCAGAACAUAAAUAAAUUACUACAUACAA